AUGGAUACCGGAGGUAAUUCCUUACCAUCUGGAGCAGAUGGAAAGAAGAGAAAAGUGUCCUACUACUACGAUCCAGAGGUUGGAAAUUAUUACUAUGGGCAAUUUCACCCAAUGAAGCCACACAGGAUGAGGAUUACUCAUACUCUCCUCGUGCAUUAUGGAUUACUCCAAAAUAUGACUGUUUUGAGGCCAAAUCCUGCUCGAGAGAGAGAUAUUUGCAGGUUUCAUGCAGAUGAUUAUGUCAAGUUCUUGAAAACGGUCACCCCAGAGACACAGCAGGAUUACAUGAUGCAAUUGAGGAGAUUUAAUGUUGGUGAUGACUGCCCUGUAUUUCAUGGUCUUUACUCCUUCUGUCAAACUUAUGCCGGAGGUUCUAUUGGUGGAGCGGUCAAGUUAAACCAUAAACAGUGCGACAUUGCAAUAAAUUGGGCUGGUGGAUUGCACCAUGCAAAGAAAUGUGAGGCUUCCGGUUUCUGCUAUGUGAAUGACAUUGUGCUUGCAAUUUUGGAACUCCUCAAAUAUCACGAGCGUGUUUUAUACGUGGAUAUUGAUAUUCAUCAUGGAGAUGGCGUUGAGGAAGCUUUUUAUAUUACCGAUAGGGUCAUGACUGUAUCAUUUCAUAAAUAUGGAGAAUACUUCCCUGGUACAGGAAACAUAGAGGAUAUUGGAUUUGAGAAUGGAAAAUAUUAUGCUGUUAAUGUUCCAUUAGAUGAUGGAAUUGAUGACGAAAGCUAUCAGUCCUUGUUUAAGCCUAUAAUGAGCAAGGUAAUGGAAGUUUUUAGGCCUGAAGCAGUGGUCUUACAAUGUGGAGCCGAUUCCCUAUCUGGAGAUAAAUUAGGUUGCUUCAAUCUCUCAGUUAAAGGUCAUGCAGAAUGUGUCAGAUUUAUGAGGUCUUUUGACGUGCCUCUUCUUCUGUUGGGUGGAGGUGGAUACACGAUACGCAAUGUUGCUUGUUGCUGGUGCUAUGAGACAGGAGUGGCACUUGGGACUGAGAUUGACAAUAUGCUGCCACCUAAUGAAUAUAUUGAGUAUUUCGGACCGGACUACACUCUUCAUGCUCCAACAUGUAACAUGGAAAAUAAGAAUUCUUGUGAAUCCUUGAAUAAAAUUAGAGAAAAGAUCCUUGAUAAUCUCUCGAAACUUCAGCAUGCACCAAGCGUACAGUUCCAAGAACGACCUCCUGACACUGAACUUCCUCAGGCGGAUGAAGAUGAAGAUGAUAAAAUGGAAGAAAAAGAUCCUGAUUCUGAUGUUUAUGUUGAGAGUGAAAGAGUGAGGAUGGAAUCUGUUGAACCUGAAGAGAACGAUAAGGACGAUAUGAAAGUUUAUGAGCACACUAGAGAGGUGGGCUCAUCAUCAGUUGAGAUGACGUGCUUGGAGGGUUCUAUUUCAGCUGCAGAAGUAAUAGAUGCACCACAUGAUAAAGUUGAGCAGCCAAAUUCACAGAACCCGCAUGAUCAGCAUGAUGAAAUGGAACUAGAUUAA